CUGGUAACAGUGUCCUACAUUAUACUGUAUAAUUCCAAAACGACCCUUUUUCUUUUGAACUUUUUGACGGUUGUGCAACAGAAAAAUCAAAAAGUAUUCAAUCUCAAUCGAAAGCACAAACCCUAGAAAUCUCUUCAAGUGGGCCACGACGAUGUCUCGAGUUUAUGUUGGGAAUUUGGAUUCCCGAGUCACGGAAAGAGAACUGGAGGAUGAAUUCCGAAUCUACGGCGUUCUUCGGAGUGUUUGGGUUGCUAGAAGACCACCUGGUUAUGCAUUUGUCGAGUUUGAUGAUCGUAGGGAUGCUCUAGAUGCAAUUCAUGCAUUGGAUGGGAAGAAUGGUUGGCGCGUGGAACUUUCACACAAUUCUAAGGGAGGUGGUGGAGGCCGUGGUGGGGGUGGGCGUGGACGUGGUGGUGAUGACUUGAACUGUUAUGAAUGUGGUGAACCCGGUCAUUUUGCUCGAGAAUGUCGCUUGCGCAUUGGUUCACGAGGCUUAGGAAGCGGGCGUCGUCGAAGUCCCAGCCCUCGACGACGUAGGAGCCCAAGUUAUGGUCGUAGGAGUUACAGCCCCCGUGGGAGAAGAUCUCCACGACGCCGCAGCAUCUCACCUCUUCGUGGACGUAGCUACAGCAGGUCACCUCCAUAUCGACGUGCUCGUCGUGGUUCACCCUAUGCUAACGGUGAUUAAGGCUUGGGACAGGAGCUGAAGAAAAAUGGUAAAUAGCGACAAAGGAUGAUCCGUCUGCUGUACUGUAGUCCUGAUAGGAUUGGUUAACAAACAAGAGUAGGAUUAUUUAGUUCAUUUGAUGACAAUUGGGUGUGUUUUGCACCUGGCUUUGGAUACCUUCAACGCUGUUUAGCUGCCAAAAUGGGUGCUUUGGACUCCUGUUUGCGUCAGCAUGCCCUAUUCAGGUUACCGAAACUUGGAGUCCACUUUCGUACUUUAAAUUGCCACCCUAUUGUUGUUUAUAUGUUUUUGUUUUGUCUGAAGUUAAUUGUCAUAACUUAAGCUGUUUGAAGUAGAUGUUUCUAAAAGAUUCCAUAUUUUGUGUUUUGAGGUC